CUCCGGCCCAGACCGGAAAUGAGGUCAGAGAGGGAAGCCUGGGUGGGGAGAAUCGGCCCCCAAAGCGGCGGCCGUUGGAGGUGGCUGUGGCAGCGGAUGUGGCCUCAUGGAUGAGCUGGUACAUGACUUAGCCUCAGCCUUGGAGCAGACAUCUGAGCAGAAUAAGCUUGGUGAGCUGUGGGAGGAGAUGGCCCUGAGCCCUCGGCAGCAGAGGCGGCAGCUUCGCAAACGGAGAGGCCGGAAGCGCCGCUCAGACUUCACUCACCUGGCAGAGCAUACCUGCUGCUACAGUGAAGCCUCUGAGUCAAGUCUGGAUGAGGCCAUCAAGGACUGUCGAGAAACGGCCCCAGUCACCAAUUUUAGUGACUCUGAUGACACUAUGGUAGCCAAACGGCACCCAGCUCUUAACGCCAUUGUUAGGAGUAAGCAGCAUUCUUGGCAUGAAUCUGACUCCUUUACUGAAAACGCACCUUGCCGACCGCUCAGGCGCCGGCGUAAGGUGAAGCGAGUGACAUCAGAGGUGGCUGCCAGCCUUCAGCAGAAGCUCAAGGUGUCAGAUUGGAGCUAUGAGAGAGGCUGCAGGUUCAAGUCUGCUAAGAAGCAGCGUCUGUCCCGCUGGAAGGAGAAUACUCCCUGGACCUCAUCAGGCCACGGGUUGUGUGAAUCAGCAGAAAAUAGGACUUUCCUAAGCAAAACGGGAAGGAAAGAAAGGAUGGAGUGUGAAGCAGAUGAACAAAAACAGGGCUCUGAUGAGAACAUGUCAGAAUGUGAAACCAGCAGUGUGUGUAGCAGCAGUGACACAGGGCUCUUUACCAAUGAUGAAGGACGGCAAGGGGACGACGAGCAGAGUGACUGGUUCUACGAAGGGGAAUGUGUGCCCGGCUUCACUGUGCCUCAUCUUCUGCCCAAGUGGGCUCCUGAGCACUGCUCUGAAGCAGAGAGGAGGGAUUCUGCACUGGAUAAACUUUCAGAUUCCACGUUCCUUUUACCUUCUCGGCCAGCUCAGAGAGGGUACCAUGCUCGCUUUAAUCGUCUGCCUGGAGCUGCAGCUCGAUGCCUCAGAAAGGGGCGAAGAAGGCUUGUUGGGAAGGAGUCCAGCAUAAGUAAUUUGGGUACCGAGAGGAUAGGCCACCUCAUUAGUGACCCUCGGCAGAAAGAUUUCUGGUUACCAUCAGCUGGGAAAAGAGAACGAAAUCAGGUAAGAUUGCUUUUCUUUGUCAUCUUUAUUUUAUCAUUUGAUUUCCUUUUCUUUAGAAAGAAUAAAGCAUUGGCUUCUGAUUUUCCUCACAUUUCUGCUUGUGCACAUGAGUUUAAUCCUCUUUCUCCCCUUUACUCCCUGGAUGUUCUUGCUGAUGCUUCUCACCGAAGAUGUUCACCAGCGCACUGCUCUGCCAGACAGGCAAACAUACACCUGGGACCCCCAUGUUCACGUGACAUCAAGAGGAAACGGAAACCUGUGGCCACAGCGUCUUUGUCCAGCCCAAGUGCCGUUCACAUGGAUGCAGUGGAGCCAACCACACCAGCAUCACAGGCCCCCAGAUCUCCAAACUCUGAGUGGUUGGUCAGGACCUCUGGUGCAGAGAAAGCCACUGACUCAACUGCAGCUACGUUUUUUAAAAUGCCACAAGAAAAGAGCCCUGGAUACAGCUAGACAGCAGUAUUUCACCCACCAAGAGCCGACUGGAUGUUAUUGAAACAAAUAAUAGACUUCAUAUUAUAUUGUCUUGCAUAUCUUAAUUGACAUUCCCAGUCCUUUUGCCACCAGGAUUGACUCCUCUUCAAACAAAGAAGUGGACUUUUUCUCUUAGAAAAUCAUGUUGUGGAAAUCUUUUUUUUUCUUUUUUUUUAAUUGUAAAGUAUUGGGGCAACAGUUUUUUUUAAAAAGGUCAUCCUGUGCUAUAUUUGUUACAUUGCUAUUGCUGUCCCAACAGUCACCUACAGCUCUGUUUACAGAGCUGUUGCUUUUUUGCAGGUAUGUCUUUUUUCUUGAAAAAUUAGUAACUGCUUUUGCGUAUUUUUUGUGUAGAGCUUUUAAUACCUUUUGAGGAAGUUCCAAAUUUGCAGCCAGUUCCAAACAAAGUUAAACA